CAUCGCGAGUUGUUGCAAAAGCAGAGCUCGAGACUCUACACAUCUCUCUGUCUGUUCAUUCCCUUCGUUGCUCGGUGGCGUUGCGCUCGACAUCAUGACACUGCCUCCAGAACACAUCAACAUCAAGCGUCGUAGAGAGGAAGAGCCGGUGGAGACUUUAUAUAUUCAAUCUGACUUACAUCAGAAGAAGAGACGCUUUACAGAUUUCGUAUUUCAGAGAGUACGAAUCAGUGGCGAUGCUAGCCAAGUACCCGUUGGACCUCCCCAGGCGGCGAUCUCUCCUGCCAGACGGGGGAUCCGUAGCCCAAGGUCUGUGAGCAACAUUCAAUUUCCGCCUAUUUCGAAUGGCGCUCGUGGAACUUUGGGCGGUGGAGUGAUCCCUCUGGUCCGCGCUACGUCGCCUGGGGCUGAGCUCCGAGAAAAGAAACGGCUUGCAGCAGCUGAAAAACAGGCUCAAGAUCAGAUCAGGGAGGCAUUGAACUCGACUCCUGGACAUGAGUCGGCUACGUCUGCUGAGGUUUCUAGACCAGCUACGCCAGCGGGUGCGGUGUCUUCCGGACCCAGUACAGGAAAUAGCCCUCAUUCCUUGCACAGAAGAACUUCGUCUCUGAGAAAGUUCCAUAUUGCGCGACCUGCCACACCAGCGAGUCCACUAAGGGCUGGUCAUGCAGGUGUGCAGAAGAGACCUUCGCGAGCGAUUCUGGUAGAGAAGCUUGCGCGUAAACCGGAACCGAAGAGGACUGCUAUGCUUGAGACCAUUGCACGUACGGGAGACGCUAUAGGCGAUGCGAAUGUUUUGGAGAAGCCCAUAGUCGCAGACGUUGAUAAAGCUCCCGAGGUCGCUCCUACGCUUAGAAAGCGUCCGGUCGUGAACCGAGCAGAGAGACUCUGGAGGGAGCAGCAGAAAGCCGCUAUCUCUGCGGCGAAAACGCAUAUCACGGAGAAUUAUGAUAAAGAUGUUCAUACUCCUCCGGAUAUUGACGUUGAUGAUGAGUCAGAAGGGCUUGCCCGCCAGUUUCAUCAAAUAGCUCGAGACCUGGAAACCCAGAUGGAGACGCAGCCUGCAGAGCCAAAGGAGGUUCCUGCACCUGUUCCCCGGAACGUGCUUCCAAAACCUGCCCUGAAAUACCAACCUAGGACUCCGAACAGACAGCGCCAAGGAACUCCAAUAGUGGAGAGUGCAGCGAAGACGACCGAGCAGGAGGGAGCACCCGACUCCACGAAAGUUGAAACUCACCAGGAAGAGGAAGACAGUGACGGUGAUUAUGUCUAUGAUGUCUAUGUUCGUCGGCCACUACCAGCCAAUGGGUUGCUUACGGAUCCUCUUCUUGACAUCGAUACCACGCGAAAAGACAUUGGUGUUGUGGUCAUCUCCCAGGAAGAUGAAGAAUACUGGGAGCCAUUCGUGGUGGAUGAAGAAGAGGAAGAAAAAUGGGAUAGCGAAGACGCCGACUCGAACGCCGAGGAUAACCCCGCCAACGACUACCCAGACGAAGAGCUGUCUUCAGCCGACGAAUACGACAAUCCCUCUGCUAUAUACAGCCGAUACCGCAACCGUGCCAAUUCCGAUGACGAAGGCUACGACAUGGACGACUACGACAGUGAAGGCGAACUCGUGGCUCGAUUCGGCCAGCGAUUCCACCAUGGGCUCGAUUCCGAGGACGAGAACGAAGAUGACUGGUGAUGAUGAUAGAGAAUGAAUGUCCUAUGGCAACUCAAUCAUUCAUUUCCGUCUUCCCUUCUCACCCACCUCUUCUUCGUCUUCUCCUUCUUUUUUCUCUCAUCGCAUAUUCGCACGCUACUCUUCGUGUUUUGAUGCAUUGGCUAGGUUUCUGGCAUUUGAUAUCUAUUAUGGCAUGGCAUUUUGACGCGUCGGCUUGAAUGCAGCUAUGAGUUUGGUGUUUCGAGCUCAUGGAAAUAAUAAAUACCUUCUAGUUGAGCUCCGAUGGAUUCCCACUUCGUAUCGCCUACUGUACAGUAAUAACACAACGAUUCCCAAUUGUAAAGUAGAAAAAUGUAAAGAAGACAGACAGAUUGGUC